UCUGCGCUCCACGGUUUCACUGGCCACCACUUCUAGCGAUACCCUGCCAAUUUAUUUUCUGACCCUUUUAUCCACACCCCCUGCCAAUUCCUGCUAUAAGAGGCGUUUGGAGGUUGCUUUUUUGACGCGUAUCGCCCGCAUGUGCGAGAGACCAUCACUUUUAAGCGGAAUUCUGAGCGUCGCGCGGUUCCCACACGGGCCUUCCCUCACGGGAUUUCCCGCCCUGGGCGCGCUCCCUCACGCUCCGGCGGUAGCGCUGCCCCGGCCGGGCGCUGAGGGGGUGACCGGGCCCCUCCGAGCCCGCGGGCGGCUCUCGGGCAAGGCUCCCGGCGGGGACCACGCCGAGGCUCCCGCCGCCCUUACCGAGGCGCAGCGGGCUGAGGGUGAUGACACAGGCGGCGGUUCCGGCGCCGGGGCGGUGAGCGCGGCGACGGCGCGGGCGGAAGGAAGGGAGGAAGGGAGGAAGGAAGGGAGGAAGGGAGGAAGGAAGGGAGGAAGGGAGGAAGGGAGGAAGGGAAGGACGGGAAGGGAGGGAAGGCGGGUGCCGGGCUGUCCGGCCGCCGCCGCGGUUCCGUCGCCGGCAGCGGGGAAGGGGCGCGCGCGGGCAGCGCGGGGCGGGCGGCGCGAGGGCACAGCGGGAGCGCGCGCCGCGCGAGGGGGGUGCGAGGGGGGCGGCGCGCGAGAGCGGCGCGAGAGCGGUGGCCGCAGGAAGUAUCGCGAGAGUUGGCGCGGCGGCGGCGCCGGCGCUAGAGGUGACCGAGGCAGCGGCGGCCGCGGGCGCCUCCUCCUCUUUUCCCUCCUCUCCGGCCAUGGAGAAGGCGGUCGGCGCGGCGGUAGCGGUGACGGCGGAGGAGGGAGGCGGCGAGGGUGGCGGCGGCGAGGCUGGCAGCGCCACGGCGGGGCCCGGUCCCCCGGGCCCCCGCCGCCGGGCGGGCCCGGGGCGGCCGGGCUGGUGCGGGUCUGCGACCUGCUGCUGAAGAAGAAGGCGGUGCCGGGCAAGGCCAAGCGCGGCGGGCGGGCCGCCCGGCCGGCCAGCAGCAGCGAGAGCGGCGGCGGCGGCAGCGAGAGCAGCAACAACGGCAGCGACGAGGAGGAGGAGGAGGAAGACGAGGAGGAGGAGGAGGAGGAAGAGGAGGUCUCCGAGGUGGAAUCAUUUAUCUUGGAUCAGGAUGAUCUCGAAAACCCUAUGUUGGAAACAGCUUCUAAAUUGCUGCUGUCAAGUACUGCUGAUGGUGCUGACCUGAGAACAGUAGAUCCCGAAACCCAGGCAAGAUUAGAAGCUUUACUUGAAGCUGCGGGAAUAGGGAAGCUGUCGACGGCGGAUGGGAAAGCCUUUGCGGACCCCGAGGUGCUGCGCAGGCUGACCUCGUCGGUCAGCUGCGCCUUGGAUGAAGCCGCCGCCGCGCUGACCCGGAUGAGAGCGGAGAGCACGGCCAGCGCGGGGCAGACGGACAACCGCAGCUUGGCCGAGGCUUGUUCCGAAGGAGAUGUGAAUGCCGUGCGGAAGUUGCUCAUUGAAGGCCGGAGUGUGAACGAGCACACAGAAGAAGGGGAAAGCCUCCUUUGUUUGGCCUGCUCAGCAGGAUAUUAUGAGCUUGCACAGGUUCUCCUGGCAAUGCAUGCCAAUGUGGAGGACCGGGGAAUCAAAGGAGACAUCACACCUCUGAUGGCUGCUGCCAAUGGCGGGCACGUCAAAAUUGUCAAGCUGCUGCUAGCUCACGGUGCUGAUGUGAAUGCACAGUCAUCCACAGGCAACACAGCCCUGACCUACGCCUGUGCCGGGGGCUAUGUGGAUGUUGUGAAGGUGCUGCUGGAGUCGGGCGCCAGCAUCGAGGACCACAACGAGAACGGUCACACGCCGCUGAUGGAGGCCGGCAGUGCCGGCCACGUGGAGGUGGCCCGGGUGCUGCUGGAGAACGGGGCGGGCAUCAACACGCAUUCCAACGAGUUCAAGGAGAGCGCGCUGACGCUGGCUUGCUACAAAGGCCAUCUGGAAAUGGUGAGGUUUCUGCUGGAAGCUGGUGCAGACCAGGAGCACAAGACAGAUGAGAUGCACACUGCUCUCAUGGAGGCAUGCAUGGAUGGUCACGUGGAAGUGGCGAGGUUGCUUCUGGACAGCGGAGCCCAGGUGAACAUGCCUGCGGACUCCUUCGAGUCUCCGCUGACUCUGGCAGCCUGCGGCGGGCACGUGGAGCUGGCGGCUUUGUUGAUUGAGCGUGGGGCUAACUUGGAAGAAGUCAAUGAUGAAGGAUACACGCCGCUGAUGGAGGCAGCUCGGGAAGGCCACGAGGAGAUGGUGGCACUGUUACUUGGGCAAGGAGCAAACAUCAACGCUCAGACAGAGGAGACGCAGGAAACGGCAUUAACUCUGGCUUGCUGUGGAGGGUUUUUGGAGGUGGCCGAUUUCCUCAUUAAAGCAGGAGCUGACAUAGAACUCGGCUGUUCCACACCUUUGAUGGAGGCUGCUCAAGAGGGGCAUUUGGAGCUGGUUAAAUAUUUAUUAGCUGCAGGGGCUAAUGUGCACGCAACAACAGCGACAGGUGACACGGCACUGACGUACGCCUGUGAAAACGGCCACACUGAUGUAGCAGAUGUCUUACUUCAGGCAGGUGCAGAUCUGGAGCAUGAAUCAGAAGGUGGAAGAACCCCUCUCAUGAAAGCUGCCAGGGCAGGUCAUGUUUGCACUGUUCAGUUCUUGAUUAGCAAAGGAGCAAAUGUGAACAGGACCACAGCGAACAACGAUCACACAGUGUUGUCUCUGGCCUGUGCUGGAGGUCACUUAGCAGUGGUGGAGUUACUGCUCGCUCAUGGUGCUGAUCCCACACACAGACUCAAGGACGGAUCGACCAUGCUCAUUGAGGCAGCCAAAGGCGGUCACACCAGCGUGGUUUGUUACCUUCUAGAUUACCCAAACAACUUGCUUUCUGCUCCUCCGCCCGACGCCACUCAGCUGACCCCACCAUCCCACGACCUGAACAGGGCUCCUCGAGUACCAGUGCAGGCGCUGCCCAUGGUCGUCCCACCCCAGGAGCCUGAUAAACCCCCUGCUAAUGUCGCCACAACCCUUCCCAUCAGAAAUAAAGCUGCUUCUAAACAAAAGUCCAGCAGUCAUUUGCCAACAAACAACCAGGAUGUACAGGGUUACAUCACCAAUCAGUCUCCAGAGAGCAUUGUAGAAGAGGCUCAGGGCAAGUUGACAGAGCUGGAGCAGAGGAUAAAAGAAGCCAUAGAGAAGAACGCUCAGCUGCAGUCCCUGGAAUUGGCACAUGCUGACCAGCUCACCAAAGAGAAGAUUGAGGAGCUGAACAAAACGAGAGAGGAGCAAAUUCAGAAGAAACAAAAGAUUUUGGAGGAACUGCAGAAAGUGGAGCGAGAGUUACAGCUGAAAACUCAGCAGCAGCUAAAAAAGCAAUAUCUAGAGGUAAAAGCGCAAAGAAUUCAGCUCCAGCAGCAGCAGCAGCAACAGUCUUGCCAGCAUCUGGGACUACUGACUCCCGUUGGGUUAGGAGAACAACUCUCAGAGGGAGACUAUGCACGAUUGCAGCAAGUGGACCCCAUCUUGCUCAAAGAUGACCCUCAGCAAGCUGCUGCGCAGACGAGUUUUGCACCAGUUCAGCCUCUGGCCAUGCCACAAGCUUUGCCUCUGGCAGCAGGUUCCUUACCUCCAGGGUCCAUCGCAAAUCUUACAGAACUGCAAGGUGUUAUAGUUGGACAGCCAGUGCUGGGCCAAGCACAACUAGCAGGGCUGGGGCAAGGAAUACUGACAGAAACACAGCAAGGGUUAAUGGUAGCCAGCCCUGCUCAGACGCUCAAUGACACGCUGGAUGACAUCAUGGCAGCAGUGAGUGGAAGAGCAUCUGCAAUGUCAAACACUCCUACCCACAGCAUUGCAACCUCAGUGUCCCAACCUCAGACUCCGACUCCGAGUCCCAUCAUUUCUCCUUCAGCCAUGCUGCCCAUCUACCCUGCUAUAGACAUCGAUGCCCAGACUGAGAGUAACCAUGACACAGCCUUGACACUGGCUUGUGCUGGUGGCCAUGAAGAACUGGUACAAACCCUGCUGGAGAGAGGAGCUAACAUUGAGCACAGGGACAAGAAAGGGUUUACUCCGCUUAUUUUGGCUGCUACAGCCGGCCAUGUGGGUGUUGUGGAAAUCUUACUGGAUAACGGAGCUGAUAUUGAAGCCCAGUCUGAGAGAACCAAGGACACUCCCUUGUCUUUGGCUUGUUCAGGAGGGAGGCAAGAGGUGGUGGAGUUGCUGCUAGCUCGAGGGGCAAACAAGGAGCACAGGAAUGUGUCUGAUUACACACCUUUGAGCCUCGCCGCCUCAGGUGGCUACGUGAACAUUAUCAAGAUUCUGCUGAAUGCUGGGGCAGAAAUCAAUUCCAGAACUGGUAGCAAAUUGGGUAUUUCUCCCUUGAUGCUGGCAGCCAUGAAUGGGCACACUGCUGCUGUCAAGCUGUUACUGGACAUGGGCUCUGAUAUAAAUGCCCAGAUCGAGACCAACAGGAAUACAGCUCUGACUCUGGCCUGUUUCCAAGGAAGAAAUGAGGUGGUCAGCCUGCUGCUUGAUAGAAAAGCUAACGUGGAACACAGAGCCAAGACUGGUCUCACACCGUUAAUGGAAGCAGCUUCUGGGGGAUACGCAGAAGUGGGCAGGGUCCUGCUGGACAAAGGUGCCGAUGUCAACGCUCCCCCAGUACCUUCAUCCAGAGACACAGCUUUAACCAUUGCAGCAGACAAAGGGCACUACAAGUUCUGUGAGCUCCUCAUCAGCAGGGGAGCUCACAUCGAUGUGCGGAACAAGAAGGGGAAUACUCCACUGUGGCUGGCAGCAAAUGGGGGGCAUCUUGAUGUUGUCCAGCUGCUGGUCCAGGCUGGAGCUGAUGUGGAUGCAGCUGAUAACAGGAAAAUAACUCCUCUCAUGGCAGCCUUCCGCAAGGGUCAUGUGAAAGUGGUGCGUUACCUGGUGAAAGAGGUGAACCAGUUCCCAUCAGACUCGGAGUGCAUGAGAUACAUAGCAACCAUCACUGAUAAGGAGAUGCUGAAGAAGUGCCACCUGUGCAUGGAGUCAAUUGUUCAAGCCAAAGAUAGACAGGCUGCAGAAGCCAAUAAAAAUGCAAGCAUUCUGCUAGAGGAACUGGACUUGGAGAAGCUAAGGGAAGAAAGUAGGAGACUGGCUCUGGCUGCCAAAAGAGAGAAGAGAAAAGAGAAAAGGAGGAAGAAAAAAGAAGAACAAAGGCGAAAACUAGAAGAAAUAGAAGCAAAAAAUAAAGAGAAUUUCGAACUUCAAGCUGCUCAGGAGAAGGAGAAGUUAAAAGCUGAAGAUGAUCCAGAGGUCCCAAUGGAGCCUCCCAGUGCUACCACCACCACCACCAUAGGUAUAUCUGCAACCUGGACAACGUUGGCAGGCUCUCAUGGGAAGAGGAAUAACACCAUCACCACAACGAGCUCCAAGAGGAAAAACAGGAAGAACAAAGUAACCCCCGAUAAUGUUCAGAUUAUAUUUGAUGACCAGCUUCCCAUUUCCUAUAGCCAACCAGAGAAGGUGAACGGGGAAUCCAAGAGCAGCAGCACUAGCGAGAGUGGUGACAGUGACAAUAUGAGGAUCUCCAGCUGCAGUGAUGAGAGCAGCAAUAGCAACAGCAGCCACAAGAGUGACAAUCAUUCCUCCACAGCUGUCACUAACACACAGAGCAACAAAAAGCAACCGUCGGUGCUUGUCACUUGCCCAAAGGAUGAGAGGAAAGCAGUGCCUGGCAAGUCAUCCAUCAAGUUGUCUGAAGUUAUUAAUGAAGUGACAAGUAAUUCCUUGUCUACUUGCACGAAAUCUGCUCCUUCUCCCCUUUCUUCUCCAAAUGGAAAGCUAACCAUUGCUAGUCCUAAACGUGGUCAGAAAAGGGAAGAAGGUUGGAAGGAAGUUGUGAGAAGAUCCAAGAAGGUUUCUGUCCCAUCAAAUGUGAUUUCCAGAGUUAUUGGCAGAGGAGGAUGUAACAUCAACGCGAUCCGGGAGUGCACGGGAGCGCAUAUAGACAUUGACAAACAGAAGGAUAAAACUGGAGACCGAAUCAUCACAAUUAGGGGUGGCACAGAAUCAACCAGACAGGCCACGCAGUUGAUCAAUGCUCUGAUUAAGGAUCCAGACAAGGAAAUCGAUGAACUUAUUCCAAAGAACCGUUUGAAAAGUUCAACUGUAAACUCCAAGAUAGGGUCCUCGACACCUGCCACCACUACAGCUGCUAACAGUUCUCUCGUGGGCAUCAAAGUGACCACCGUAGCUGCUUCGUCGACAUCUCAGACCGCCUCCGCGCUCGCCGUGCCUGCAAUCUCCUCAGCCUCCACUCACAAAAGCAUUAAGAACCCCGUGAACAACGUGCGGCCUGGCUUCCAGGUUUCUCUCCCGCUGGCAUAUCCUCCUCCGCAGUUUGCACACGCGCUCCUCGCCGCUCAGACGUUCCAGCAGAUCCGUCCGCCGCGGCUGCCCAUGACGCACUUCGGAGGUACCUUCCCACCAGCCCAGUCCACGUGGGGCCCGUUUCCCGUCAGGCCGCUGAGCCCCGCCCGAGCUACGAACUCGCCGAAACCUCACAUGGUGCCUCGCCACAACAGCCAGAGCAGCAGCGGUUCUCAGGUGAAUUCAGCAAGCUCUUUGACGACGAGUCCCACGGCAACGACCACUUCGGUGGCUUCUACUGUGCCUGGAUCUUCGGCGAGCGGCAACCCGAGCUCCCCUUCGGUCCGGAGGCAGCUGUUUGUCACGGUGGUGAAGACGUCCAACGCCACCACCACCACCGUGACCACCACGGCGAGCAACACGAGCACGGCGCCCACCAACACCACGUAUCCGACUCCUACUGCCAAAGAACACUACCCCGCAUCUUCCCCCUCAUCUCCCUCUCCUCCCGCGCAGCCAGCGGGCGUCUCCAGGAGCAGUCCUCCCGACUGCACCGCAGCCUCUCCCAACAAAGGUGCGCCUCCGUCUGAGCCAGACGCAGGGAGCCCACCCACCGUGGAUGCGGGCGGCUCGACCAGCAGCAGGCAGCCCAAUCCUGGGACCAGCAGCUCCUCCGUGCAUCCUGCUCAUCAGCAGCCCCCGGGAGCUCCUCUGCCAGAGGCCAGGCCCCCUCUCCAGCAACCUCAGGUUCCUGCACCAGAUCCUCGCAUGGUUGUGCCUCCAAAUUUAGCGGCGACGAGCUCAUCCGCUCCAGUGGUAGGCGCGAGCAAUGCUCCCAUGACCUACCCCGUGUCCCAGCCGGCCAUGGGGUCUGCUCAGCCCGCAGCCAAGAUGGAAACCCCAGCCAUCAGACCGCCUGUCCAUGGGACCGGCAGCGUCCCCAAGAACCCAGCUCCUGUGCAAAACUCCUCCGUCGCAGUCCUCAACGUUAACCACAUCAAACGGCCCCACAGCGUUCCUUCUUCAGUGCAGCUUCCUUCUACCUUAAGUACACAAAGUGCUUCUCAGAAUUCGGCCCACCCGGCGAGCAAGCCCAUGGGGAACAACUUCAGUGCUACCCUGCCCUUUGGGCCCUUUAGUACGUUGUUCGAGAACAGCCCCACGUCCGCUCAUGCCUUCUGGGGUGGGUCCGUCGUGUCCUCUCAGACAACACCAGAAUCCAUGCUCUCAGCUAAGUCCUCAUUUUUGCCAAAUUCAGAUCCGUUACAUCAGUCUGACACUUCCAAAGCCCCAGGUUUUAGGCCACCGUUGCAGAGGCCAGCUCCAAGUCCCUCAGGUAUUGUCAGUAUGGAUUCUCCCUAUGCUUCUGUAACACCUUCUUCGACACACCUGGGGACCUUUGCCUCGAACCUGUCGGGAGGGCAGAUCUACGCGCCCGGGACGCCGCUGGGCGGAGCGCCUGCAGCUGCUAAUUUUAACAGACAGCAUUUUUCCCCUCUUAGUUUAUUGCCUCCAUGUUCAUCAGCAUCAAAUGAAUCUCCUGCUCAGUCCGUGUCCUCUGGAGUACGAGCACCCUCUCCCACCCCUUCAGCAGUGUCCUUGGGAUCAGAAAAACCCAGUAACGUUUCUCAGGACAGAAAAGUUCCUGUUCCCAUUGGGACUGAACGGUCUGCACGCAUUAGACAAACUGGAACGUCUACUCCUUCUGUAAUUGGGAGCAACUUGGCUGCUCCUGUGGGACACAGUGGGAUCUGGUCCUUCGAAGGUAUAGGUGGCAGUCAAGCAGAUAAAGUGGACUGGUGUCACAGCGGCAUGGGCAGCCACAUGAUCCACAGGCCCAUGUCUGACCCAGGCGUCUUCUCGCACCAAACCAUGGAGAGAGACAGCACGGGAAUCGUAGCGCCUUCCGGUACAUUCCAUCAGCCCGUCCCUGCAGGAUACAUGGACUUCCCAAAAGUCGGGGGAAUGCCUUUUUCUGUGUAUGGGAACGCCAUAAUUCCUCCCAUAGCCCCCAUCACAGAUGGUACUGGAGGCCCCAUCUUUAACGGGCCUCAUGCUGCUGACCCAUCUUGGAACUCGCUGAUAAAGAUGGUUUCAAAUUCCACAGAAAACAACGGGCCUCAGACGGUGUGGACUGGAACCUGGACACCUCACAUGAACAGUGUGCAUAUGAACCAACUGGGCUGAGUGGGAUCAACGUGCUGGCCUUGAGAUUCCUUUUUUUGCAGAGGAAACCACAAUUGGCAGAAACAGUUUAUGUGCUCCCAGAUCAUUCUACUGAUGUGCUUGACUGAAGUGUGUAGGCUUUUUGCAGAAGAACUUACUAACUGACCUUUUUCUGUGAACAUUGUGACCGCCCAUUCCCCACCAUCAUAUGUUUCAACUUAGUUAGACUUUCUUCUUUCCUUUCCUCCUUUUUUUUUUUUUUUGACAUAACUUUCUGUUGAAGCUGUUCUUUGGCUGGUUGGUUUUAGUACUGUAAACUGCUUCUGAGCAAACACAGAAAUUUAGCAAAAUUAUGUAAACUUGAUCCUGAAGUUUUAGAAUGGCAAAUAAAUGUACAAUUGUUUACAUAACAAAUGGCUAAGCAGAAAGUAAAUUUCAAUAUGUCAGUUAUAGAGGCUCUACUUUAUGUAGACUUAAAUUAAUGUGAGAUAUGUACCUUCAUAUUCAGAAAUCUGGAUGUUUCCUUCAUACAUUAAACUAUUAAUAAGCAUAA